AUGGCACCAAGGUGCAGCCAUAUCCUCUCUCACGGCCACCAAUUCCUCAUAUCGAAGCAACUUUCUUUCAUGCGCCUCUUCAAUUCCUUCUUCCCAUGCUACUGCCCACCUCCGCUUGUUGCUGGAUUUCAAUCCCACGGUGACGAUCUGUCACAGGGACGUUAUGCCACCUCCCAAGACUCUUCACACCUUGCUCCCGCACUGUUGGAAUCUUUUCACCUGCGAUGGAAAACAUUUCAUGAAGCGGUACUCUGGCGUCAGACCUCUCAAGAUCAUCUUCAUCACCAUCACAAACAGUACUGGAGGGAUGCCACAUCCCAUCGCAAUUCCCCUUUGCAGCUCCACAUGCCUUGUAGUGUACUUCAUCGUCGAAAAACGCAGUACGAACUGAUUGAAGUACACAGCCAGACAAUCCCUGAGUCUCUGCGGAACGUAGAACUCCAAUUCCAACUGAUUGGCCUUAUUUCCUCUGCCCUCUGCUCAUCAGCCCGCAUUGCUGCUCGUAAACUUCGCGCCUCUUUCCUCAAUGACUGGAUGGUUACCUGCACUGGAGCUAAGGACUUAGAUUUCACUUCCUUUAACCCAAACCUGGCUCUAUCCACAGAGGAAGGCCACUUGAUAAUUCGGCGACUAGAUGCAGCUUUGAAAAAAAGGAUCCUGCAGGACACUGUGGUGUUCUUCCUGGUCCCGACACUCCGACGACUUAUCGACUACUGCUCUCUUUCUUUCUCUUUUCCUAUUAUUUUUUCUCUUUUUCUCGCUUCCUUUUCUAUGAAACUUUCUCUCCCUUUUUUUGUCUUCCUCGUUUUCUUUUUCCCUUUUAAUUUUCCUCUUUCUCUCUUUUUGGCUCUCAUUCUCUCUUUUUUUAUAUACUUGUCACUUUUUGUCUUGUUUUUCUCUUUUUUGCUCUACCUCAAUCUUCUCUUUUUUUCUCUCCUUCUCGUGUCUCUAAAAACACUUAUUAUUUUCUCUCUAUCUCAGUUUUUCUUACCUUCUCUUUUUUUGUCUCUUCUGUUCUUCUCUUUCUAUUUUUCUUUCUCUUUUUAUUUGUCUCUCUAUCUCUACUUUUUCUUCGUUUCGUUUUUUUCUCUUUGCUUCUUUUACUACUCUUGCUAUUUUGAUUUUUCUCUGUCUUUCUUCAUCUCUUUUUUCUCUUUCUUUUCUCUUUCUCAUUAUACCUUUUCUCUUUAUGCCUGUUUUUUCUUCACUUUUUUCUAUUUUCCUCUUCUCUUUCUCUUUAUAUUUCUCUCUUUUUCUCUUGAUCCCUGUUUCCUUCUCUUUCUUUUCUUUGAACCUUUUAUUUCUCUUUCUACCUUUCUUUUUGUUUUACAGUGUUUUCGUUUCUCUUCCAGUCCUUUUUUCGACUCUCUCCCCCUCUCUCUCUCCCUCUCUCUCUCUCUCUCCCGUUCUUUCUCUCAGUUCUACUCUCUUUUUUUACUCUUCUCAAAUUUUCUAACCCGUAAAAUUCACUGCAGUCACGUACAACGAUACACGACCAUUCAAAUACAUAACCUUUACGAGAAAAGGGAACGAAGAAAACUGACAUGA